AUGAAAAAAAGAGAACAUUAAGUUUUUGAUUCUAACAAAUAAAAAGAAGAAUUAACAAUUUCUAGAUAAUAAGAAGAAGAGUCCAAAUCUGAUUCCUCCAGUCCUAGUUCAAGUCAAAACAACUUAUUUAAAUAAAUAGAUUCACAAAGUCAAAAAAUGAAAGAUUAGUUAACUGAAAAAGAAUAAAAUUAUAAAUCUUUUGCCAAGGUGUUAGCAAUGGUUUUAGUUGCAUCAAUUGGUUCUCUCUAUUUUGGCUACUCACUUGGUGUGAUGUCUUUAGCCUAAGACACUAUCUUUGCUGUAUUCGAUGUAGAUAGCGACAAAAAAGAUAUGUACUCGUCUCUAAUUAAUGCAUCAAUUCCUCUUGGUGCUAUGAUCGGUUCUAUCUCUGCUGGUUUACUUCUUAAUUAUGUAUCAAGAAAGAACGCUUUCAUUAUUACUGAUAUUAUUGGUGUUAUUGCUUGUUGCUUAACUUAAAUUACAAAUAUUAAUUUAUUCCUCUUUUUAAGAUUGAUUUCAGGAAUAGUUACAGGAUUAAAUAGCGCAUUAGUCCCUUAAUACAUUCAAGAAGUCUCUCCCAUCGCAAUAUCUGGUAUUAUGGGAACCAUUUUCUCUAUGUGUAUUAAUACUGGUAUUAUUAUUGCUUCUCUAAAUGGAUAAUUCUUUUAAGAAAAUCCAACCUCUUCUGACACCUAUUGGAGAUAUGUCUUGUUGUUCCCAUUAGCAUUGACUGUAACUCGUACUCUCUUUUUAUUCCUUUUCUUCAAUUAUGAAACUCCUUUCUACUAUAUCCUUAAAAAUGAGCCUGAAAAAUGUAAGCAAUUCCUUGAAAAAAUCUACAAGCCUCAAUUCGUUGAUGAAGUUUAAUCAGAAGUAGAACAAUAAGUAGAAAAAGUUAAGCAAUCUUCUGAAGGUUAUUUAGAUAUGUUUAAGCCUUAAUAUCGUAAGCGUUUGAUAAUAGGUUGCACAUUACAAUUAUUCCAAUAGUUUUCAGGAAUUAAUGCAGUUAUUAUGUACAGUAGCAACAUCUUCAAAGAUAACAAUUAUGACUUCAGAACAACAAACCUUCUUUCAUUGAUUUCAAAUAUAGUUCUUUUAUCUGCUGCUUUCUUAAGUGGUUUCUUUGUUAGUCGUUUUGGACGUCGUGCUAUCCUAAUCUAUGGAUCUGCCCUCUCUGGAGCUUUUUAACUAGGUUUAGCAAUAUUAUCCAAAGUAAAUAAUAAGGAUUUAUCUAUGCUUUCUGUAGCCUUUAUUUUCCUUUACUUUGUAGCUUUUAACUUCUCUCUCGGACCUAUCGUUUGGCUUUAUUGCUCUGAAAUUCUUCCUGAAAAGGGAAUUGGUAUUGCUACUAUGUCUAACUGGAUAGGAGCUACUAUUAUUGUUCUUGUUCUCCCUUAUUUUAGUGCUUUGUGGCCACUCUUUAUCUUUUAUGCAGCUAUGUGUUUUGCUUGUGUCGCUUUUACUAUAUUUUUGGUCAAAGAAACAAAAGAUAAAUCUAAAAUAGAAAUCACUAACAUGUAUUUACCAAAAGGCUCAGAAUAAUACAAUAAUCUUUCUACAUACUCUACUGAUAAAGAAAAGUAUAACUCUUGA